GGGGGGAGGGGUUGGCUUGUGUGGGGGUGUACCUCUGUAGUGAUGCUUAGAUUAACAAAUAACAUGUCUGGAGUUUGUCCUUCUUAUCAGCAAUUAACCCUGAAAAAAAGCUUCUUUGGGUGGGGGGGACCUGCUCACGUGACUGCAGAUUUAUUUAUGUUCCAGUAAUCCCUUAGCAUUCGCGAGUCAAGAAACUAGAAGCGCGAACGAGUGGUGAUUAAAAUUAUCGCGGUUUGUCGGGGCAGCGGAAGGCCCCGCCUGUAAUUUUUAACUUCCAAUUUCUAACAGAGUUUUCAAGAUGGCGAACCAUCUUCCGGAAAGAGUUGAAAGUCACAUCACAUAAAGACCUCGGAGUUUCAUCUUGUAUAACGUGUGCAGCUGAAUUAAUUCAGGAGUGAUAAUGAAGCGCCACAUAGUUGAGAAUCUGCUCAUGUCUGUUGAUGAGAACGAGAAUAAAAAACAGAAGGCCGGAACAUUUGAGCACGUGGAGGAUACUGGUGUGGAGUGGGGAAAUUUGCACUUUGAUAUAAUUCUGCACAUCUUUCAAUAUUUGCCUUUGGUGGAUCGGGCCCAUGCUUCUUUAGUAUGUAGGAGUUGGAAUGAAGUCUUUCACAUGCCUGACCUUUGGAGGAGAUUUGAAUUUGAACUGAAUCAACCAGCCACAUCCUAUCUGAAAUCCACCCAUCCCGAUCUGAUCCAGCAAAUCAUCAAGAAGCACGCGGACCAUUUGCAGUAUGUCAGUUUUAAGGUUGAUAGUAGCACAGAAUCUGCAGAAGCAGCCUGUGAUAUCCUCUCACAGCUGGUUAACUGUUCCAUAAAGACCUUAGGCCUCAUUUCAACAGCGAAGCCUAGUUUCAUGAAUGUAUCAAAGGCACAUUUUGCGUCUGCCCUGACGGUGGUAUUUGUGAACUCAAAGUCUCUGUCCUCAAUCAAGAUUGAUGAUACACCAGUAGAUGAUCCAUCUCUUAAAGUUUUGGUGGCUAACAACAGCGACACCCUGAAGUUGUUGAAAAUGAGUAGUUGUCCUCAUGUUUCACCUGCCGGUAUCCUUUGUGUGGCCGAUCAGUGUCAUGGCCUCAGAGAGCUGGCACUGAACUAUUAUCUUCUCAGUGAUGAGUUGCUGUUGGCUUUGUCCAGUGAGAAGCACGUUCAUCUGGAACAUCUCCGCAUUGAUGUAGUGAGUGAAAACCCUGGUCAGGUUCAGUUCCACACCAUCAAGAAGAGUAGUUGGGAUGCUCUUAUUAAGCACUCUCCCAAAGUGAACAUUGUCAUGUACUUCUUCCUAUACGAAGAAGAGUUUGACCCCUUUUUCCGUGAUGAAACACCAGUCACUCAUCUCUACUUCGGCCGUGCAGUCAGUAAAUCAAUGCUGGGCCGUAUUGGAAUGAACUGCCCUCGAUUGAUCGAGUUGGUGGUGUGUGCAAAUGGCCUUCAGCCUUUGGACGAUGAGCUGAUUCGCAUUGCAGAACGUUGCAAAAACUUAACUGCCAUGGGGCUGGGUGAAUGUGAGGUUUCCUGCAGUGCAUUUGUAGAGUUUGUAAAGAUGUGUGGAGGAAGACUUACUCAGCUUUCUAUCAUGGAGGAAGUACUGAUCCCAGAUCAGAAAUAUAACCCGGAACAAAUCCACUGGGAGGUUAGCAAGUAUCUGGGAAGGGUGUGGUUUCCCGAUAUGAUGCCUACUUGGUAAAGAGCCCUAUGCCGGCCAGUGCAGAUGUAUACUUUGGGAGGAGUCAUCAGAGCAAAAGGAUGCUUCAAAUUACUAUUAGCAAAGACUUUUAUUGUUAUCGUCGUUGAUACAUAUCAGAGUAAAGAUGAUGGUGAGAAAGAUCUGAAAUUUAGAAAACUAUUGGGGUGAACAGUUUGAAUAGAUCAAACAUUUAAAAUCUGUCUAAACGGAUCUUUUGAAUGUCGCUUUCAAACCUAUUGUAUGUUACCAGAACCCAGAUGAAUAAUUAAAUAUAGUACUUACAAAUUGUAUCCUGCAAUGUCUGAUGCAUUAAACAUUGUCUCGGUUUCACUAGACCUUAGAUGGCUGCUGUUUGUGGACUUUAGUGAACUGAUUUAUUUCAACAAAUGAAAA